AUGUAUUGGUUAAUAUUUCUGGCGCUGCUCGGCUCAGCGUAUUCUAUACCCCUUAACCAAGAUAUCUCAGCAUUAUAUGGACAUUACCGACUUCCUGGCGAGUCCUACCCUACGUUCUACGACGUGCGCCUAUUUAUUGACCCAGACUACCCAAGUAGUUUCAAUGGGAGCGUAUCUAUCCGAAUAGUGCCGAAUGUAAACACGGACGAGAUAGUCCUUCACGCUAUGGAAAUUACAGUAAAUAGCAUACAAAUUAUAGCCGACGGUUCCACAGUGAACCUCUACCAAAGUUUCUCGCAAGCUACGGAUGACACACAUUUCUUGAGAAUCAAAACGAGUUCGCAAUUGGUAGCACUACGGCCAUAUACUAUCCAUAUUGAUUAUGUAGCGAAAUAUGCCGAGAAUAUGUUUGGCGUUUACUUAUCUACCUUUACUCAAGAAGGAGUUGGUACAGUUAAUCUGGUAACAUCGCAACUUCAGCCAACGUUUACCCGCCGUGCGUUCCCAUGCUAUGAUGAACCACAUCUCAAGGCUGUAUUCAGAACAACUAUAUACGCUCCUCCAGCUUAUCCUGUCGUGAGGACCAACAUGCCAGAGAGAACCGAUCUUUCCAAGCCCAACGUUCCAGGCUUCCUCAAAUACGAAUUCCAAGACACCGUCGUACAAUCGACCUACCUCUUAGCUUACCUGGUGUCGAACUUUGAAUACGUCUCCAACGAACAAAACCCCAUAUAUGAUGUCCCGUUCAGAGUGUAUUCCAGACCAGGUACAAGAGACACUGCAGCAUUUGCAUUGGACUUUGGUCAGAGGAACAUGAUUGCUUUAGAAAAUUAUACGGAUAUCAAAUAUGCGUUGCCCAAAUUUGAUAAAGCUGCGGUACCCGACUUUGCUGCUGGCGCCAUGGAAAACUGGGGCUUGGUUAUCUACCGAGAGGUCGCAUUAUUAGUCACAGAGGGAGUGACAACGACCUCCACGCUCCAAAAUAUUGGCCGAAUCAUUUGUCAUGAGAACAUGCACAUGUGGUUCGGUAAUGAAGUGAGUCCCCGAAGUUGGACGUACACCUGGUUAAAUGAAGGAUUCGCCAACUUUUUUGAGAACUUCGGUACAGACAUGGUGUUGCCCGGCUGGCGUAUGAUGGAUCAAUACGUUUUACUUGUACAAAACGUUUUCCAAAGCGAUGCUGUUCUCAGCGUGAACCCGAUGACACAUCCUGUAUAUACUCCAUCACAAAUUAUAGGAACCUUCAAUUCUGUCGCCUACCAAAAAUCGGGAUCUGUAAUUCGCAUGAUGCAACACUUCCUUACUCCUGAGAUCUUCCAAAAAGGUCUUUCCAUUUACUUAAAGAAACAUGCCCGCUCUGCUGUUACUCCUCCUGAUCUAUACGCAAGCCUACAACAAGCAUUAGAUGAGUCUAGCCACAGCAUUCCUUUUGCCCUCUCCGUCAUCAUGCAGAGGUGGACUGAGCAAGGAGGUUUCCCUGUUCUAACAGUGCGAAGACAGUCUCCUACAUCCCAAUCAAUUUCUAUUGUACAGCAUCGUUUUCUAACUGAUCGGACGUUAUCUUCCAAUGACAUGUGGCAUGUACCUGUCAACUGGGUUCUCUCCACAAACCCUGACUUCACAGACACCAAACCUCAAGCUUGGGUACUUCCUAACAGCCCUGCUUUAGCCGUUGACAUUCCUGGACUCUCGAAUGCUGAUUGGUUCAUCGUAAAUAAACAACAAACUGGGUAUUAUAGGGUUAACUACGAUGUUGACAACUGGGUUGCAUUGGCCAAUGUUCUGAAAAAUUCUCAUAGUAUCAUCCACCUGUUGAAUCGUGCGCAAAUAAUUGAUGACGCUUUCAACUUGGCAAGAAAUGAACGCCUUAACUAUGAAUAUGCAUUCGAAGUGUCCAGAUACUUGGUAAACGAAACCGAUUACAUUGCAUGGGGUGCUGCUGACGCCGCCUUCUCUUACCUCGAUGUCGUACUUAGUGGCACCAGCACUUAUUCCCUCUUCCAGAAAUACGUUAUAGAGCUGUCAGCGCCUCUUUUCAAUAGAUUUGGUUUUGUGGCUGGACCAAACGAAGAACACGUGACAGCCUUCCACCGGAAUGUUAUCUUGAAUUUGAACUGUCGCCAUGGUAACCAGCAGUGCAUUAACCGGGCUCAAGAACUUUUACAGCAGUUCCGAAAUAAUCCCAAUCAGCCUUUGGAUGCCGAUAUACAAACGGUAGUUUUCUGCUCUGGUUUACGUGGGGGAGACGUGGACAAUUUCAAUUUCCUCUGGAACAGAUACUUAUCUAGCCAAGAUUCCAGUGUUCAGUCAAUUUUACUAAACUCUCUUGGAUGCACCUCCAAUGGAACCUUACGUAAUUUCUAUAUGAAUCAAGUUAUAGAUGACAAUUCUGCAGUACGUGAGCAAGACAGACAUAGUAUACUUGUCUCCAUCAUUAAUUCAAGUCCAGAAGGCAUGGAAGCUGCUUUAGACUUUGUCAUUGAACACUUCGCUGCUAUCCAGCCAAGGGUACAAGGUCUCACUGGAACAACAAAUAUACUAAAUGCCUUCUCCAGGAGAUUAUCAACCAGAGCACACUCUGAUAAGAUUGACACCUUCGUUGCCCGUCACCAGGCCAUCUUUUCCGCAGGAGAAUUAGCAUCUAUCGCCGCCAUUAGAGAGAACAUAGCUGCUUCAAUAACGUGGGCCAAUAAUAACUACGACAGUGUCAAUAGCUGGUUUAACGUUAACUACGGCAGCAAUUCUGUCGCUCUUACCUCUAGUUUCAUAAUCCUCAUUUCAUUCUUCAUCACUAUCUGGAAUUGCUAG